UUUUUUUAAUGACUAAUUUUGAACUGAAAAGGGAAAUAAAUAAAUAUUUAAUAGAGACAAUUUCUGAAACAACAAAGGGAGGGAGGGGAAUAACUUUUUUGUUUAUUUGUCCAAACUUUGUAGUUUGCUUUCUAACAAAAAUGGAUAUAUAUUUAGGCCUUUAGGUCGCUUUAAAAUUGGGACAAAAAAAUAAUAAAAGUUCAUUUAUUUAAAAAAUAAAAUAAAAUUUUUUUUAAAUUUUCUCCCAAAUUUUUCAGAAAAAUUCCCCCCAAAAAAUGCCCACCACCACAAAUUCACCCAAAUUUAAAUUAUUUUUUCUUCUUUUUUUAAUUUAUUCACCUCCAAUUAAUUGCGAGGGGAAUUCCUCAGUUUGCUCAUCAGAUGCCUUUUUCUGUCCAAUAAAUGGAAAUUGUAUACCUCUUGAUUGGGUAAAUGAUGGAGAACCUGAUUGUGAAGAUGGGGCUGAUGAAAAACAUGUUUAUAAUAACAACACAGAAAAUGAAAACAACAAACAAAAAUUAUUAGAAACAAACAACAUGUUGGGAAAAGAAGAAAAAACAGAAACACUAAUUGACUGGCUUGUUCAGAUGGAAACAGAAUUACCCAAACUUUUUACUCAAUCAAAACAAUCUGGCCAACUUUUACUUAAAGGAUGUCAAUUUCUCGACAACAAAAAUCAAUCAAAUUCUGUUGGAGGUCCUUGGGCUCGUCUUCAUGUAUUUCUUUGUGAAUUAUUAACCCCCGCUUUGUUAGACCAACCAGAAUGUUUAUCUGCUACAAAUCAGUGUUCUUCUACAAAAUUAUUUUUUAAUGAAACUUCCCCAAUUUCCCUCCCUUGUGCUUUACUUACUCAAUCUGUAACACAUUUUAGUUGUAUUGAAGCAAACCCUCCCUCAGAAUGUUCAGAAUCUGCACUUGAAAUGUUAGCACCUUUACGACAAGAAAGUGAACAUUGGUUUGGAGAUUUAAAUUGUAACGAUUCUUCAAAACAACAACAAAUAAAUAUAAAACCUUGGGAUGUUUUGACAAUUCUGGCGAAUGCAGAAAUGUUUUGUAAAAAUAGGAAAACACUUGAAAACAAUGAACUGGCAAAACCUAUCUGGACAAAGUUGUGUGAAAAAGUGAACAUUUUAUCAGAAAAUUCUGAUUGUUUGAAUGAAUUAGCUAGAAAAGACAAUAAAAAGUGCAAUUUUCAGUUAAAUAAACAAUUAAAUACUUCUUGUUCAAUAUUGGAAGCUUUUAAUAAAAAUAUGGAUUGUUCGAUACAUUCGCUAAAUGAGUUGUGUCCUAUUAGAGUUCAAGAGGCAGUUAUUAGCAUUCAGGAGCAACUAAACGAUGAGGCAAUCUCCCAACAAUGUUUUCAACAAAAAGAAGAGGGUUCAGAAAAAUCAACAGAAACAAAUAAAUUUAUUCUACACCCAUUAAAUGGCCAAUGUAGUGAAGAACAAGAAGAAAAUGCUCUUCUUUGUCUAUCAGAAUUGUCAGGCCUUCCCUCUCGUUUACAAAAAUUAUCUUCUCUGGGAGCUCUUUUUUCUAACCAAACAACUUUAUUAAAUGUCUGUUCUUUAUUCGAGCAAUACCAAAAAUGCCUUAAAGACAGAGUUUUCCCAAAUAUUUGGAAUUCUAGAUGUGCUUUGAAUUCGCCUAUGAAUGCUUUGGCAAGAAUUGGACUAGAACCUAUUUGUGACAAUACUUACGUGUUAACUAAUUCUGUUUCUUCCUGUCUAAAUUUUUCCAAUUCAUCUUCUUCAUGUCAAAAGAAUUUACAAAUACUUGGGUUUUCGAUUGGUGCUGUUCUCCAAGGAAUACCUAAUGGAUCAGCACAUUUAUGUAAAGCUUUUUAUUCUCUACGUGAAGCUUUUAAUUGUGCCAGAAAUUCGAUGAGUGAAUUUUGCCUUAAAAAUGAAACUUUAAUUAAUGAAUUUAAUUCUUUAUUAGAUAAGGCUAGUUUCUUUAUUAAAGAGUUUGUUUGGAGGGAUCUAAUAAAUUUAAUUGGCCAAGAAGAAGGUUGCCCUAACCAACCUCCAUCCAAUUUUGAUUCAUUUUUGAGAUAUACACCAACAAUUUCUUCUUCCACAAAUAAACCACCACCAAUAAAUUCAUUACCUCCCCAAAAUUCUGGUGCUCCAAUGGCACGUCCAAUGCCUAAAGAAAAUGAGGAAAUUAAUUCAGAAAAUGAAUGUUCUCCAGAACAACAACAACAAUUCCAAUUUUGUGUCCAACCUUUAAGUGCUUUUCAACCGCACCCUCUGUCAGUAAUUAAAAAUCCUCGACAAAUUGAAGAUGCUUGUCUUUCUUUUAAUAAUUUUACAAAAUGUUGUGAAGGUUUAGCACCCAAUUGUAUUCCUCUAUGGGCCCGUGGAUUGGCGGCAAUGUUUGGAUUUGCUUGUGGAGAAGGAAAUCAGAGAUUUAUUGAUCUUCGUCAAUGCCUCAGGCGUUCAACUGCUCGUCCCGAACUUCACGAAUGUGUUCUUUCAUUUUCUCGAGCUUCUCCACGCGAAGCUUGUACUUCCGCCAAACAUUUACUUGAAUGUGCUCUUCCCCCAAUUGCUGGACAAUUUGAACGAGAAUAUGUUGGACGGUUCGCAAAGGCUUUAGAUCCAAAUUGUUCGUUGGAUGGGUUUAAAGGAGGGGAACUCGCCGUCUUUUCUGGUCAAGAUUGUUCAACAGACCAGAAACAAUUAAUACAGCAAUGUUCUUCUCCAUUAGGCGAUUUACGCAGUCAAUUAGACAAAAUGUUUCAAGGGGGUCUUCAAUCGGUUUUGAAAAAUUUAAAUGGACUUUCUACUCUUUUCCAGAAGGGUUGCAUUCUCUCUGCACAAUUUCGAAAGUGUGUAAAUUCAAUUCUCGCUACUUCAACAAAUUGCACAAUUUCUAGUUGCCUAGUCGCUGCAGGUGCUGGUAUUUGUGACCAGAAAGAUGUUGGGGAGGCUAUUGAUUCUAAUUUAGGAUGUGUCUCUAACCCAGACUUUGGUCAAUGUAUUCGUCAACAUCUUGGGCCUCUUCGUCAACUUAAUCUUUCUGGUUUACGUUCUGUUUUACCCAAUUUUGUUGACUGUGUUCAGCCUAUUGUACUUAAACAAUGUGGAAAAGUGCCUUUAAAUGUUUUGAGGGUUUUGGCUUCUAAUGGGAAUUGCCCAAAAAUUGAAGAAAAUACCGAAGUUAUAACAACAACAACAUUUUCUCCACCAAAAUGUACUGAAGAAAUGAGGAAAAACCGCCAAAAUUGUCAAAAUCAACAUUUACUCUCCAAAUACUCAUUUACACCAAUUACUUUAUUAAAUAUUUCAAUUGACAAAAAUAAUACAGAAUUAAAUUUGUUUUGUUCUGAUUUGGAUAAAUUGGAGGAAUGUGAACGUGAAACUAAUGCAUGCGAUUUGGAGGAGCCCUAUGGUUUACCCAGAGCAAUGCGAGCAUUUUCUAUUUAUAUUUGUUCUUCCAGAACAGAAUAUAUUCAAGUAUCUAAUUGUCUAUUAAAUAUACAAAAAAGUGAAGAAGGCCAAAAUUGUUUAUUAAAUAUUAAACAAAAACAAAAUUUAAAUAAUGAAGAAUUUUGUUUUAAAAUAAAUAAAACUUCUCAUUGUAUUUCUUCUAAAAUAUUUACUGAAUGUGGAAAUGAAGCUUUAGAUUUUGUUUUUUCUGCUAGUAAUGAAUUUGUUGGGCAGUUAGUUCCAAGUACAAAAUGCCGUUUAGAAACGCCUGCUAUUUCGUUACAAACGGGCUGUACAGAACAACAAUUAGUUAACUAUUUGGAAUGCGAGACCGGACUUGACAGAUUUAGACCUAGACCAAUCUCUCUUAUUUCAAAUCAAAGUCAAUGGGAUGAUUUUUGUAAUAAUGCCUACACAAAAUUUCGAAAAUGUGUUGAGGUACUUGAAUGUAGACCAGAACCAGCUACUAAAGCAACACUAACUUUAUACGAAAAUGUUUGUGAAAGAGAGAUAACCCGAAGAGAUCACCGGCAAUUUGGCAAUUGUUUAUUUAAUGUAACCGAAACAGAAAAUGGACAGAAAUGCUUAAAUGAAUUUAGAAAUGUUGAUUUAUUGGCUAAAAAUGCUGGGGAAAAUGUUUGUAAAGCAAUAAAUAAAUUAUUACAAUGUUUGGCUAUCCAAAUAAAUUCUAAAUGUGGAGAGGAAGCUUUGCUUCAUGUUUUUGAUUUAAAUAAUAUUUGGGCUAAUGAAUUUUAUAGAGGAUGUUCAUUAUCUCCACCAGAAAUUGAAAAAGAAGAAAAAAAGAUGCUUCCGAAAAUCGACUUUUCUUCCGAUCAAAUAAUUACAAGUGAAUCAACAAAGGAAGCAAUUAAUAGAGAAACAACAACAAAAUUAAAUUUUAUAGAAAAUAAAACAGAAAAAGAAGAAGAAAUUCAAGAAAAAUUGGAAACAGAUGAAGAAGAGAAAAAUAAAAAUUCUGAAACAACAAAAUCAGAAAUUUGGGCAGAAGAAGAAGAAGAGGGAGAAAAAGUUGUUGUAAACACUACAACAGAAGAAACACAACAAAAAAACAACACAAUUUCAACAAAUUCUGAAAGUUGGGCAAAACACAGAUUUGAUGUUUUGUGUUUAUUCUGUUUUGUGUUUGGGAUGUUUUUAUUAAAUUAG